AUGGAUGUUCAUGAAAGACCGAUGUUUGUUAACCCAACUUUCGACGAUUGGAUUUACGAAAACAGCAUUCCACCAUCGCCUUCGAAUUUUUCGCGUCCAUUGCCGUACCGCGCGGAAGUCACUGCUCCUACUAGAACGAGGAAUUCUCGCCAGGCACAAUAUGAGAGUAAAGCACAAGGCAAGAGGAAACCUCCUGUGCGAUCAAACCGGUCGCAGUUGACCCUCUUGACUCUUGUGUGCUUGGUGUCUUUCGUAAUAUUUGUGAUGAUCCUUAUGAUAUUCGUUGGAGGAGUAUUGAAGGGUUGUAGCUGUCCUGUAAACCAAGACGAUUCUUCUGGAACUCGCAGUUCGGCUUCUGCCUCACUUACUGAAAUAUUAGACAGAAUCAAGGGGUUGGAGGAGAAUGUCACAAGUCUUCAGAUACGUUUGGAAGAGAAAAACCAAGAGCUGAUGGAAAUUCGUCUAUUACUGCCAAAACUUGAAGAAAACGUUACGAAAGGGGCACUACAAGACUUCGGUGUGGAGCUUAAUUCAACAAGAAGUAACCUGCAAGAUGCAGACGUCAAGUUGCAGAAAUCUUUAGCUGCCGUUAAUUCAUCUCUUGUGGAAAAGAUCGACGAUCUGGCCUUUACGACGACCCAGUUGUCAUCAAUCCUGGAGACGUCAUUAUACAACGUUGGAAAGCUUAACAAGACGCUUGCAAACACAAGGAGUGAGUUCAAAGAGAACGAGUCAUCACUGAAAUCAAGUUUGAACUCCUCAAUUGUCAACUUACACCAGAGUGUGGAAGAAAUCAGCACGAAUAAUUCCAAACAGGUUGAUCGCCUUACCUCAUGGAUAACAACAUUAUAUGCUUUAGCUAAUCAAACCAAAGAUAGGUUCAACGAUUUCAAGAAUGAUACUGAAAGUUCCCUUUUAUCGGUGAAUACUGGACUCAAACGCUUGGAGGAAAAUUUAAAUGUGUUAGAAAACAAGUUAGCUAUUGCGAUGUCUGAAACGAAUGUAAAGCUAAACAGCAGCACAGGAAGACUUUUUCAAGAAGAUGCCAUCAUCAGGAAUCUGAUUGAGGCCAUCAACAUCACUUUAUCUUUGAAG